UAGCAACCGAGGUGGAGGUUUGAAAGGCCAUACAUUUUGAAGAAGGGUGUGGCCUUAUCUCCCUCUCUCUUUCUCUGUGCUCCUCACCCUAUCCCCUACCCCUGUAAAAGAAAUCUGCACGCCGCCUCUACUCAUUUUCUCAGUAUCUCCUCGACUCCAACAUAUUUUUAUGUUUCUCUUCUUUUAGUACUUUGAGCAAGCAUUUUCUGCUCAUCUUCUUCUGCUUUAAAAAUGGCCUCUUUCAUAGGCGUUUCUUCCAUUUACCAAACUCCAACACUCGAUCUCUAUAGAAGGACAGCAGCAACAACCACGCCUUUGCUCUCCUUACCCCUAUGCGACAAGUCUCACUUCAAUAAGGUUCUGAAAGCCUAUAACACCAGCCAAAAGACCUUCUCUUUUCAUUCCACUGGUACUCUUAGGAGUGGCUCCAAGCAGCAGAGCCUUGGUUUCCUUCCCUCCGCAAUUGCUACCCCCAAUUCUUCGGUCCUCAGCGAAGAGGCAUUCAAAGGCCUUGGUGGUGGUUUCGCAGAAGACUCUCUGGAUGACUAUUAUGACUCUGAGGCCGAGCCAUCUUCUGCUGCCUCUGCGGACCAGGACGAACUCGCCCUUUCCAAACUGGGCAUGCCUCACCGCCUUGUCGAUACCCUCGAGAAGCGUGGGAUUACUCACCUCUUCCCCAUACAAAGAGCUGUUUUAGUCCCCGCCCUAGAAGGUCGAGAUCUCAUUGCUCGUGCAAAGACUGGGACUGGGAAGACAUUAGCCUUUGGGAUUCCAAUUAUCAAACGCCUUACCGAAGAUGACGAACAAAGGGGUUCUCAGAGGCGGCCUGGUCGUCUUCCUAGAUUUUUGGUUCUUGCACCUACACGAGAGCUAGCAAAGCAAGUGGAGAAAGAGAUUAAAGAGUCUGCACCUUAUUUAAAUACUGUUUGUGUUUACGGAGGGGUUUCUUAUGUUACGCAGCAGAGUGCCCUUUCCCGUGGAGUGGAUGUGGUUGUUGGAACUCCUGGUCGAAUAAUUGACCUGAUAAAUGGUAACAGCCUCAAACUGGGGGAAGUUCAAUAUUUGGUCCUUGAUGAAGCUGAUCAGAUGCUUGCUGUUGGCUUUGAGGACGACGUGGAAGUAAUUUUACAGAAGCUUCCAUCUGCGCGCCAGAGUAUGCUUUUCUCUGCAACUAUGCCUGGUUGGGUGAAGAAACUGGCACGAAAAUAUUUGAAUAAUCCACUGACCAUUGAUUUGGUUGGCGACCAAGAAGAAAAGCUCGCAGAAGGGAUCAAGCUCUAUGCUAUAUCAGCCACUGCAACUUCAAAGCGGACCAUUCUUAGUGACCUUAUAACGGUUUAUGCAAAGGGUGGGAAGACCAUUGUUUUCACACAGACAAAACGUGAUGCUGAUGAAGUCUCAAUGGCAUUAACAAAUAGCAUUGCUUCUGAGGCAUUGCAUGGAGAUAUAUCUCAGCAUCAAAGGGAGAGAACAUUAAAUGGUUUUCGACAAGGGAAAUUCACAGUGCUUGUAGCCACUGAUGUUGCAUCUCGUGGGCUUGAUAUUCCCAAUGUUGAUCUAAUUAUUCACUAUGAGCUUCCCAAUGAUCCGGAGACUUUUGUGCACCGCUCUGGUCGAACUGGACGUGCAGGAAAAGAAGGUAAUGCCAUUCUUAUGUUUACAAGUAGCCAGAGGAGAACAGUGAGAUCCCUUGAGCGUGAUGUGGGAUGCAAGUUCGAGUUUGUUAGCCCACCAGCUAUUGAAGAGGUUUUGGAAUCAUCUGCUGAGCAUGUGGUUGCUACUCUUAGUGGAGUUCAUGCGGAGUCUGUAUCGUUUUUCACCCCAACUGCUCAAAAAUUGAUUGAAGAACAGGGAAUAAGUGCUCUUGCUGCUGCACUAGCACAAUUGAGUGGAUUCUCCCGACCUCCUUCCUCCCGGUCUCUCAUCAAUCAUGAGCAGGGAUGGGUUACACUGCAGUUGACUCGAGAUCCAGCUUCUUCUAGUAGAUACCUGUCUGCUAGAUCUGUCACUGGUUUUCUUUCAGAUAUUUAUCCUGCAGCUGCUGAUGAAGUUGGAAAAAUACAUUUAAUUGCCGAUGAACAGGUUCAAGGAGCAGUUUUCGAUCUUCCAGAGGAGGCUGCAAAAGAAUUGCUGAAUAGGCAACUGCCACCUGGAAAUACUAUUUCCAAGAUCACCAAGUUGCCUGCUUUGCAAGAUGAUGGGCCUCCGAGUGAUUACUAUGGCAAAUUUUCUGGCAGGGAUCGGAAUAACAGACGAGGAUCUGGGGAUCGGAAAGGUUUUAGAAGCUCACGAGGUUGGGAUGGUGGUCGAGAUUCUGCUAGUGAUGAUGGUCUAUUUAGGAGUGGUGGUCGGAGUUAUAGAGCUGACAACAACAGGUCGCGGUUUUCAAAAAGCAGUGGGGAUGAUUGGCUAAUUGGAGGUAGACAGUCAAGAACACGGGACAGAAGCUUUGGAGGUUCCUUUGGAGGUUCCUGUUUUAAUUGUGGACGGUCUGGGCACAGGGCAUCGGACUGCCCAAAUAAGCAAGAUUACUAGUUCUGCCAUAGUCGAUAUAAGGUUUCUUCUCCCUAGGUGGGUCUGAGGCUGCUGGUGCUGCUUGGAAUUGCUUCUGAUUAUUCCUUUAUACAGCCUGUUCAAUGUGGGUCUAGGAGAUUGAGCGGUGCUCCAAAGAGUUCAGGAAUUAACUUUGUACUGCUCUCUCUCUCUCUCUCUCUGGUGCAGUAUUUCUGUCUCUGUAUCCCCUUUUUGUAGAACUUAAAUGUCUUUCUUGAAUCUCUUGGCGCUGAUGACGUUUCUCAAGAGUAAAGAUUUUGUAGUGGUUCUGCAUUGUUUGCAUAUCCCAUCCUGUCUUUACAAGAUUUAUGUCUCUGUAUCUUCUUUUUGCUAUUUUUGUUGAACUUAAAUGUCUAUCUUUCUUCAA